AUGGCAGUGGCUUGGGGCGCUCGGCGCUUGAGUGAGAUGGGUGGCGUGAACUUCCUGGCGGAGCUUCUCAGCACUGGUCCACCUGGUGAGAAGCCCAUUGUGGCCGUGGUUCGUGGGCGGCAGGAGUUUGGUCCCCGUGCCCUGGGCCAUCGAUCUUUGCUGGCAGUCCCAGAUUCCGCGCUGAUGAGGGAUCGCAUGAACCGUUUGAAAGGCAGGCAGUGGUUCCGGCCGGUUGCGCCCAUGAUUGCUGACGAAGCCUUGAGACAGGUCUUCGGCCGAGAGGUGAAGUCACCGUACAUGUCCAUGGCCCCUCGAGUUCUGGAGGAGGUGCUCAAAGAAUUUCCUGCAUUGGCACAUUUGGAUGGCACAGCUCGCCAUCAGUCAGUAGGUGCAAAAGAUGAGCCCUGGGUACAUGCGCUGCUGCUGGCAGUGGGAAAACACACAGGCUUGGCAGCCUUGAUCAACACUAGUUUCAACUCCAAAGGACGUCCGAUUGCUAACACGGUGAAGGAGUCCUUGGAUAUGUUGCGAGAGCUUUCAGAUCUCGAUUAUGUGCUCAUUGAGGAUUGGCUUUUCAAAGCGCCUGGCAGACAAUAG